AUGAGAAUACUAUUUACAGAAAGUGAGAGAAGAAUUAUUGGUUUUUGUUUAUUAUUUUUACAUAUUAUUAUGUGUUUCGUUUAUUCUGUAAUUCUACUUAAUCGUCAUAAUCAAAUCGAAUACGUGGAAAUGAAUUCUCUCAUUGGUUUAAACCUUGAAAAUACAGAAAUUUUCGCUACAAUUCUAACACACAUUAGCAUUAUUUUACAUAUAUCCGGAGCUUUGAUAAGUUCGAAUUAUAGUAACGCAUGGAACAGAUGGAUAUUUCUGAAUUAUUUCGGCUAUUGGAUCCUAUUUUAUUUGAUGUUCUUCAUGAGCGAAGUUGUGUUUUUACUUAUACUAAUAUCUCACUUUUGGGAGUUGAAGCCUCCGUGGGAAUUCGAUAUAAUCCCAUCAAUGAAAAAAUAUAGAUUAUCUGAAGAUAUAAAAGUCAUGUUAGAUAAAUUACAGAUUAAUUUGAAGUGUUGUGGUGGUAAAGGAAUCGGAGAUUGGAUGGAUAUAGCUUGGAUUCCUCGACAAGUUAUUAUUCAAAGAACUGGCAUCGAAAACAAGUUAACUGCAGAAUGGGUACCUGAAAGUUGCUGUAAUUUAACAUUUGAUGGUCCAUGCUAUCCAAAAUUUGUUUUUAAAGAAAGAAAAGGAAUAACGUACUAUGAUACUAUAGAAAUGUUCAAUAGUAAAGGUUGUAAUGAUGUUUUACCUCAAUAUCUACUUCUUCUUACGAAGAAAAUAAUAUGGUUUAUAGUCGUAAUAAUGACAAUACAGGUAAUUUUAAAUAAAAAUUAG